AUGUGUGUUCAGACUCAAGAAAGUCGGUCCGUCUGGCAACGCAGCCACAUGUUCCACAAAAUGUACAUCAGUCCAUCCUAUUUUUUCUCACUAGUUGAUUGUCCCAUCUUUAUCAGUAGAUAGCGUAGGUAGCCCGAUCGAUAGCCACUGAUCGGUAUCGCUCGGUGUCAUACUCACCACUGACCUCCUCGUAUCGCACAGAAUACGAGAGGCAGAUUAGUUCAUAUCCAACCGUACAUAGUAUCGCGUCGCGCUCGAGUUAGGCGAAUAAUUCGAUCGAGCAAUAAAAGUGCAUUAGUGCCAAGAACGAAGUUUCAAUAAACCGGUUGUUUUCGAUCAAAGUUUUGUAUCGCGAGUUUUUGAAUAAGUGUCCGAACAUCUAUCGCCAACGGUCCCGGAAGUGUAUGAAACAUUUUGGUCCUUCGAGCCGGAUGACCGUUGGACGAUUGAUAGCAGUGGACUUAGUGUAAAGGACCCGCGAACUGUGGUCCCGCCGGUCAUUGACCCGGUUAGUGAACAAUAAGUGCUACUGGCGUUGAUCGAAAAUCCGUCAUAGUGAUGUGGCUCAACUGAGCGAAGAAAGUGGAUGCUGUAAGAACAACGGUUGGCUGAUCGUCAUCGGCCACGGCGCACCGUCCGGUGCAAUUGCAGUUGAUUGGCGGCGGCAGAGUACGACGACGACGACGGACGUCCGCACGGCGGAUGCAUAGGAGCGAAUCGACAGACAACGAGGUUUCAACUAGGACCCUGGAUCGGCUGUGGCAAGGGAAGUAAAUUGCAUGUUAUUUGUGGUGGCGCCAUGCAUGUAGGGCGCACCGAAAGAAGUUGUGGGAUUUAGAAUAAAAUGGUGGUACCAAUUUGAUCUUUUAUUUGCAUGCGAAUUUGUGUUCCCUGAGUUGCUAUUGACGGUUGGUCUUCGGUUCUGCUGGCUAUUUUUCGGCUCGUUGUUUCACCUGGUUGGUUCCCCUCGCUUGCAGUCAAAUUUGGUCGUUCUGUCUCCAGUCAAUUUGUGGGUCGUCGAGUAGAGUCGCGGAGCGCGGAGUGAGUGAUUUCAAGUGCAAGUGCUUGUGCUAUAAACUAAACAGUAGAUCCCGGUGUGUGCACUGUGGUUAAAGAAGGUGAUAGUUUGCGAACUUUUGUGGACAAACAGUGUAACUCAAACUAUUCCAAAACAAUUUGAAGUGGUUCGAGAGUGAUUCAAAAAUGGCAAGUGAACUGAAGGAGUUGAAGUCGCAACAACGGCAGGUUCGGAGUACCUUUGAAGGGAUACGGCAGUUCAUCCUCAAAUUCAAGCCGGAGAAGCAUGAAGCGCAGGUCAACACAAGGAUGGAAAUUUUGGAGGAAGCGAUGCAGAAGUUUUAUGUACUCCGAAGGAAGAUAGAAGUUCUCACCGAGGAAGCUGAUGAACGGGAGUUGACGGAGUCUAAAGCUGACCCGGCGGACUUGCAUGAUCAGUUAGAAGCACUCAUCGAAAAGCGGCAGUUAGAACACAGUGCGAUCAUUCAGCAGGCUGAGGAUACAUACUGCGAGUUGAAGUCGUCCCUGCAACGUCUGCGAGCAAACCUAGUUUCCGGAUCAUCUUCUGGUCCAUCCGUGGCGUCAACCCAAGGCCCAACAGCUUUAUCCACGGUGAAAUUGCCUGAGAUUCGUCUACCUAGUUUUGGCGGUAAAAUCCGAGAUUGGGUGACGUUUCGGGACAUGUUCAGGAGCCUGAUCCACCGAAAUCAGCAGCUCACUGACAUCGAUAAAUUCACUUACCUCAGGUCGUCACUUGAAGGCGAAGCACUUCGGGAGAUAGGGAUGAUUGAGAUUACUGCUGCAAAUUACAUCAUCGCCUGGGAACAGCUGCAAAAGCGAUAUGAGAAUAAAAAACUCAUCGUCAAAGCCCAUAUCGAUGCCCUAUUUGCAGUGGAACCAUUAAAGCGAGAGAACUACGACUCCCUAUGCCAUUUGAUCAGCGAGUACGACCGCAAUCUCCAGAUGCUGGACAAAAUUAGCGAGGACACGUCGAAGUGGAGCACGAUUCUUGUCCACAUGGUGUGUUCUAGACUGGACGCAGCCACUCUACGAAACUGGGAAACCCAUCACGCCUCCACGCAGGUUCCAACGUACGAUCAGCUGAUGGAGUUUCUACGGAAACACUGUGCCAUUCUCCAAUCGAUAGCCCCAGCGGAGUCAGCCCAAAUGGAAGUGAAGAAGCCUAAGUUCACCGUAAGCCAUGCUCAAACAUCUGCGCCAGCGUCUAGCCGGUGCCCAUUUUGCUCCGAAGAAAUGCAUUCAGCGUUCAAAUGCCAAAGGUUCAUCAAAAUGAAGAUUCCCGAGCGUUAUGAGAAAGUGAAACGGUGUGGCUUGUGUCUGAAUUGCCUGUCUCCAUCGCACCUGGUUCGAGCGUGUACCGCUGGCGUGUGUCGACACUGCCAGAAGAAGCAUCAUUCGCUCCUCCAUUCGGGAGGCUUCAACGGUGGAAGGUCUGCUGCAUCAACGCCGCAGAAUGACUCCUCCGGCCCACAAGUUCAGAAUCGAUCACAGGUGACAAACACACAGCAAACACAGCCACAAGCCCAGAACCAACCAACUCACACUCAGGCAGCUGGUCCUAGUACUAGCUCGUUCCCCAUUGCAAACACAAGUUCGCUUACGCAAACACCACCACCACCAACCACCACAGAUCCCACACUUCCAAGCAAUUCCCUACCCGCCACUAUACACACCUCUACACGUCAAGUCUUGCUGUCGACAGCACUCGUUCGUGUGUCGGACAGAUAUGGAAAUACGCAGUUAGCCAGAGUUCUUCUGGAUUCUUGCUCGGAGUACUGCUUCGUCACCACGAAGCUCUCGCAAAAGCUGAGACUGGCUGAAACGUCCAGCUAUCUAUCAGUAGCUGGGAUUGGAGGUUCAGUAGUGCAAUCUACGAAGAAGGUCGAGGCUACGAUAUCUCCACGAUCCUCCAGCAUCUCCUCGUAUUCCGAAACGAUCCAGCUUCACGUGCUUCCAAAACUCACUUCGGAAUUGCCGAUCAAUCCAGUAAAUGUCCACGAAUUGGCCAUUCCGAGUGGAAUGAUUUUGGCGGAUCCGAACUUCCACAAGCCCGGUCCGAUCGACAUCAUAUUGGGCGCGGAGUACUAUUACGAUUUGCUCCUCGAGGACAAGCUGAAACUAUCCGACGAUGGACCGACGCUGCAAAGUACCGUGUUCGGAUGGGUUGUCUCAGGACGUGUUCCUGGGAAUGUCGUCGAAGUUCCUACAACAGUCACCCAUUCCUGUUCCACACUCGAGCUGCGAGAACUCAUGGCCAAGUUUUGGGAACUGGAGUCCUGCAAUAGUUCAAGUACGUUGUCCGUUGAAGAAGCUGUAUGUGAAGAUAUAUUUGAGAAAACGACUGUUCGAGACAGUGAAGGAAGUUUUGUCGUCACUCUUCCCAAGAAAGAGCACGUUAUCAACCAGUUGGGAGACUCUAGGACCACCGCACUAAAAAGACUUCACGGAAUGGAGCGACGAUUUGCAACGAACGACCAGUUGAAGGCACUCUACAUCGACUUCGUCCAGGAAUACCUGUCCAUGAAUCACAUGCGUGAGGUCGAUGGUGGAGAAGACAAGUUGGCAUAUUAUCUUCCGCAUCAUGCCGUACUCAAACCUGAAAGCACGACCACCAAAUUAAGAGUUGUGUUCGACGGUUCUUGUCGUUCCUCGUCCGGCAUAUCGUUGAACGAUGGACUAAUGGUAGGACCAGUCGUUCAGGAUGACUUAUUCUCCAUCAUUUUGCGCUUUCGAUCGUGGGAAUUCGUACUGGUAGCGGACAUUGCCAAGAUGUACCGCAUGGUCAAGGUUGCGGAAGACGAUCAGCCACUUCAACGGAUUUUGUGGAGGGAUUCGCCUGAUCAGCCUGUCAGGACUUACGAAUUGACCACAGUCACCUACGGAACCGCAUCAGCGCCCUAUCUGGCAACCAAGUGCCUCCAACGGCUGGGCACAGAAGGAGAGGCUUCACACCCGGUAGCUGCAAAGGUUGUCCGUAAGGAUUUCUAUGUGGACGAUUUGUUAACCGGCACGGACAGUAUAGAAGAGGGAAAAACACUCGCAUCGGAGCUGAUUUCCCUGACGAAUUCAGCAGGCUUUAACCUGCGCAAGUGGAGUUCGAACAAUCCCGAACUACUGUCGACGAUUCCAUCAGAGCUUCGAGACGAUCGAACAACCCUUGAACUCGAUUCGUCUACAUCCGUUGUCAAAACCCUUGGACUCAUCUGGGAACCUUCAAGGGACAGCUUCAAGUUUGCCGUUCCACGCUGGAGCGCAGAACCAGUAAUCACCAAGCGUGUCGUUCUCUCCGAUACCGCUCGUAUCUUCGACCCCCUCGGACUCAUCGGUCCAGUCACAGUUCAAGCUAAGAUUUUCCUUCAGCAACUCUGGAAGGAGAAGUCGGAUUGGGACGACCCGUUGCCAGAUUCCUGCCAAGCCUUUUGGAACGAGUUUCGUUGGAACGCCAGUGCGCUGGAGUCUCUUGCUGUGCCGAGGUGGAUAGGCUUCAAUAGCAAAUUAGCAUCCGUAGAACUACACGGCUUCUGCGACGCAUCAGAGGCAGCAUAUGGUGCUUGCCUGUAUAUACGGUGUGAAACCACCGACGGAUCGGUCACCGUUCGACUGAUAACUUCGAAGUCUCGUGUGGCACCAUUGGAAGACCUCUCUCGCAAGAAGAAAAAGCAGUCGAUUCCGCGGCUGGAACUAUCAUCAGCGUUACUUCUUAGCCACCUCUACGAAAAGUUCUGCACGAGUGUCCAGAUUCCCGCCAAGGCUUACUUCUGGACAGAUUCCAUGAUAGUCAAGUGCUGGUUAUCCUCGUUGCCGUCGCGUUGGCAAAUCUUUGUUGCCAACCGGGUUUCAGAAAUCCAGCAUAUCACCAAGUCUGGAAUAUGGAACCAUGUCGCCGGCGCUGAAAACCCGGCAGAUAUAGUUUCCCGAGGAAUGACACCAGCCCAGCUAGCGUAUCAGACUCUAUGGUUUGAAGGUCCUUUAUGGUUGCGCCAAGAUCAGUCUACUUGGCCAAAGUCAGCUACUGUUCAAUCGGAGUUGGACAGCGCGCUCUUGGAGGAAAGGCCUUCAACAUCAGUUCCCGUUCAAAUUAAACCACCCAAUCCCAUUUUUUCGCUACGAUCGUCAUUUUCGGCGCUCGUUCGCAUCGUUGCCUGGAUCCGUCGAUUCCGGCACAACGCAGUUUUAAGAAAUCGAUCCUGCAAACGAAGCGGAAAUCUAUCUACGAAAGAGCUCAACGAAUCGGAAUUGCAGUUGGUGCGGUUGGCACAGUCGGAAACCUUCCCGGCAGAAAUAGCGGCAUUAUCCAAGAACCAACAAAUCAGUCCAUCAUCGAAACUUCUCGCAGCAAAUCCCAGCCUGAUGGAAGGCGUACUUCGUGUCGGCGGCCGGUUGCAGCAUGCUCCCAUCCCGGAAGGCCGAAAACAUCCGUUGAUUCUCCAUCACCAACAUCCACUGACGAAAUUGAUAAUGGAGCAUUACCACCGUAAGCUUUUUCACGCCGGACAGCAACUUUUGAUUAGCUCCGUCAGGGAGAAGUUCUGGCCACUACGAGCCCGCGAUGUCGCACGUUGGACUGUCCACCGAUGCGUGUCGUGCUUCCGGAACAAGCCCAAGGUCCAUGAACAGCUGAUGGCCGAUCUACCCUCCGUCCGGGUCACACCUGGAUCAGUCUUUCUGAAAGUCGGAAUCGAUCUCUGCGGACCGUUCUACAUCCGAUACCCCGGCCGGAAAAGUGCACCGAUAAAAUCCUUUGUGUGCAUUUUCGUUUGUCUGGCCACCAAGGCCGUACACUUGGAGAUUGUAGCAGACCUGUCAACCCAAGCUUUCCUGGCGUCGUUUAAACGGUUUGUUGCCAUUCGUGGCAAGCCACGAUUGGUCAUGUGUGACAACGCGACCAAUUUCGUUGGAGCUAACAAGGAGCUCGAAGCACUCCGUCGGCUGCUGAACGACCAACAAGUCCAACAUGCGAUGGUGAAUGCGGCACUAGGAGAUGGAAUUGAGUUCAGGUUCAUUCCGCCGCGCACCCCCAAUUUCGGCGGACUUUGGGAGGCGGCCGUAAAAUCCUUUAAAGGUCAUUUUCGGAAGACUAUCGGAGACCGAGUGUUGACCUACGACGAGUUCCACACCGUGGUUCAUCAGGUUGCAGCGAUCCUUAACUCUAGGCCAUUGACUCCACUGAGCAAUGAUCCGAACGAUUUCUCUGCGCUCACUCCAGGUCAUUUCCUGGUAGGUCGACCGCUCACGGCGGUUCCAGAGCCGGACCUGCAAGAGGUUCCUGAAAACCGGCUCUCCCAUUGGCAGCGUACCCAAGACUUCGUUCAGCAACUGUGGAGAAAAUGGAAGACGCAGUAUCUCUCCGAUCUGCACAAUAGAACGAGAUGGUCUCGAAUGCGGGACAACAUUCAUGUCGGAACCAUGGUUCUCGUCAAAGAGGACAACCUGCCACCCCAGAAGUGGCGGCUAGGGAGAGUCACCGAGAUUUUCCCGAGUCAGGACGGAAACGUCCGCGUGGUGAGCGUCCGUACCCAGGAUGGUGUCUUCAAAAGGGGAAUUUCAAAGAUUUGCAUCCUGCCUAUCCGGGACAACGACCAGGAGUCCCCAUCAGAAGAGCAAUAGCUUUUCCAACGAGGUGCUUCGGCACCGCGGAGGGCCCCAAAUGGCGGUCCUCCGCAGUCCAGUUAACUACACCCGCGUCCCGGCCAACGGGACGGGCCGGUCAUCACCUAGAAGUCGUCAGAAGUUCAUCCGUUUUCCAAACCGUCAUUCGUCCGUUCCGCAUGAAGCUUGUCCUGUGUCGUCACACAUGUUCUGUCCAAGGUUUUGGUGCACGGUCUGCAUUCCCAAUUCACAAGGUCUCCCUCAUCACCUCAUCAAGGUCGUCAUCCAAUGUCAUCCCGAGAGCGAAGGGCCCUUCGCUCGUUCCGUUGGUCCUACCCGACCGGUCAUCAAGCGAACUGAUCACUCGCAACGAAGGCCAUCGUCAAUCCAGGAUCAGCACCAUAGACGUCCAACACUAGCAAGCGACCAUCCAUCCAAUCGCUACCACUCCGUAGCAUCACCGCGGUGCCAGGGGCACCCGCGGAGGCCCGGACGCAAGGGCCUCCGCUCCAGGCAAGUUCUUUCAAAAUUGUUCAUUUCCUCGUAAAAAGCUCUCCAUGUCUUGUAGAAUCGUGCACCAGUUCAGGCCCGGAGGCCUGCACCCAUCGGCGGCCGAGGCCCGUCGAGAUACCAGGACACAGCCCCCAACGUUGAACCCACCAAGCUCCAUCUGGCGAACCGAAAAUGACCAAGGCCAGCAGAAGUCCGUUUCCCAGUUUUCGUCCGUAUCCGAUUGGAAUUUUUCACCAUUUCCGGUCGGCAAGCCCACCGUCACCGAAGCAGAGGAUGCAGUUCGUCUCCAGUACAGCUGUACCUAAGUCGGUCAAGGUCACCAGUCACCACAGCAGCAGCAAGCCCAGUAGUAACCCGAAGUGAUGUUUACAUCGAAGCAGUUAGACCCACGAAGUUUUGAAUUGAGCGCGAAUGAAAUAGUAGAUAGUAGAUGAAUUAUUGGAGUACAGUAGCAAACAAAAUUGAAUUCGUUAGUUAGGUUGAAAUCCUGAUGAUUUCAAGGCGGCCGGCAUGUUCAGACUCAAGAAAGUCGGUCCGUCUGGCAACGCAGCCACAUGUUCCACAAAAUGUACAUCAGUCCAUCCUAUUUUUUCUCACUAGUUGAUUGUCCCAUCUUUAUCAGUAGAUAGCGUAGGUAGCCCGAUCGAUAGCCACUGAUCGGUAUCGCUCGGUGUCAUACUCACCACUGACCUCCUCGUAUCGCACAGAAUACGAGAGGCAGAUUAGUUCAUAUCCAACCGUACAUAGUAUCGCGUCGCGCUCGAGUUAGGCGAAUAAUUCGAUCGAGCAAUAAAAGUGCAUUAGUGCCAAGAACGAAGUUUCAAUAAACCGGUUGUUUUCGAUCAAAGUUUUGUAUCGCGAGUUUUUGAAUAAGUGUCCGAACAUCUAUCGCCAACGGUCCCGGAAGUGUAU